GUUUUGCAGUUAAUUAUUUUUUUUAUUUUUUAUUUUUAAAUCCAGUUCAAAAUUUUUCUUUUCCCCAGAAAAUUGAGGUUUUAAGCUUUCCAAUGAUGUAUCACACGUACAUAUAGGACAAUUUUGAAAUUUGGCCAAAUUGGGGGUCUCAGAGCGGAACUUCAAGUCACCUGAGUGUUUUCAGCCUUAUAAAUUUUUCAGAGGGUCAUCCUAUGAAGAAAGUCUCGACUGGAUCUUUCCCUGACUGAUUUGUGUAGUAAAAUCACGUGGAGAUAUGGAACAAUCAAUUUGGUAUGCCAGGUUAGGAGUACGCAAGCAUGGUGAGAAAAUGCAAUUUAUGGGCAAGAUUUGAACCAGAGCCAUUUGACUUUGAUGCAGAUGUGGUAUCCAACUGUUACACCUCUCCCAUCAUUACACAAAAUGUUGUCUUGAAAUGGUGGGGCCCACUGCGUCACUACCACUAGUUUGUUAAAAUCAGGAUCUGCAGAAUCCCAUUUCUUUGCUUCCCAAUUUGAGGAAGAGAAACAUAUGUUGACUCGAGCCCGAGGACAUGGAUAGCACAAUUAGGUGCUCUCUCACCUCUGCAGUCUCAGGUCACUGGGCCACAAGGGGGUCAAAGGUUGUUCUGUCACUGAUCCGCACAGCUGAAGUGUUGGGUCAUCAGUGGAACAAGCGCUGAUCAGGUGUUGGAGGUUUGAAGGUUCAACGUCUCCAGAGAGGGAAUUCUGAAGCCUAUUCAGGUUGAACAGAUUUCUUUGAAGGACAUAAUAUUCUGGCAAAAAAUAGGUCAAAACAGGCUUGUGUCAUUGCCCAAAGCAAAACUGUUAACGGCUCUGAAUAUGGCUUUUAAAUCUGGUCAUGGAAAUUUGGUUUCGAGACAACAUGAGGUUUGAGUCAGGAAUUCUUUGACAGUUUCUUAAGUCUUCAAGAAUACGAGUUCAAAAAAUUUGGGCUUUAACGACUUCCCUUUAGUUGUCUUUUUUGUGCAACAGUGAAUGAGACGAGAGCAUGCAUGUGAACCCAAUCUGGAAACCAUAAAGUCUCAGUCAUCACUGCAACAUUAAGUCGGGACUUCUGAUUGGCCGAGAGGACCACUUACCCCCAUCUUCACAUUCCACGCCCAGCCGACGCUUACUUCCUGCUUCCCUGCCCUGACCACGUCCCCCUGAAAGUGUGCUGAGCCAAUGAAAUAUGCCCACAGGCCCCGACUCAGCGUUUGGUUAUAAAAAGGGUGACGGUGGUGCGACCUGUCAGAUGGUUUGUUGUUGUUCUGUCUGCCAGAUUUUAAAGGGAAACUGAACAGGCAGGAAUUCGAGAACUACCAUCGAUGGAGAAUCACUCGUAGGACAAAUCAAAAUCUAUUUUUUUUUUUUUUUUUUUUUGGAAAGGCUAAAGAUCAAGCAAAGAGACUUCAGAAGGUGGAAGAUGAGAGAAGAGAUGUCCUGCACUAACUCCCCUGAAGGAGGUCUGGGAGCCAGCGAGGAAGAACUAGAACGAGGCUCCAAGAAGAGUCACCAGUCAGGUCAUCGAAAACGAUCCCCUCAUCCUAAGAAAGAUAGUCUGACGGAGGAUAACGCCGCAGGAAGUCCUACCGGCCUCCUGCCGUGCGGGCCCAAGAGGGUGAAGAAGAGCCCCUCGGCCGCGGUGAGCCUGGCUCCCGCCUCGCUGGGCCCACGGCCCGAUCAGCCUUUCGAGGACCUCCACUCCCAGCGGGUGAUCGCCAACGUGCGGGAGCGCCAGCGCACGCAGUCCCUCAACGACGCCUUCGCCUCGCUACGCAAGAUCAUUCCGACGCUCCCUUCGGACAAGCUGAGCAAGAUCCAGAUCCUGAAACUGGCAUCGCGAUACAUUGACUUCCUCUACCAGGUGCUGCAAAGCGACGAGAUGGACGCUAAGCUGGCCAGCUGCAACUACCUGGCCCACGAGAGGCUCAGCUACGCCUUCUCUGUCUGGAGGAUGGAAGGAGCCUGGGCCAUGUCUGCCAGUCACUAGGACCCCCUCACUCCUGUCUUCACCUCUAUCCCUCCCACUCUCUCUUUUGUACAUUUCUUAUUUAAAUCUGACCUCAUGUCUUUCAUCAAUCUGUCCCCCUUUUUCAAUCACUGUUGCUUCCACUGCGCUCCUCGUGCCUAUCCCACAGUUUAAUCCAGGUGCAGGAAGACGCUCCAAUGCUAACCGUCAGAGAGCCAACAAAUGGAAAAUUCCCGACUGACAGCAAUGAAAUGUUCCUGCUUCAGCGUCAUCCUAACAUUUUAAAAGGGGUAACACUUCCCCUCUUCAUUGGACACGUCUUUGACUUGUGACACUGAAAUGUACUCCUCCAGCUGACUAUGAGGACAUACCAGUCUAGCACUGGACGCUUACAAACGAUGUUUUCGUCGAUAAACAGAUGGCCUGCAGUGACAUUAAAAUAAAAUGGAUGCCCCUGGGCUGUUCUGACAUGGGCACAGCUGAUAAUUGUUUACAGCUAAAAUGCUAAUAAGCUAAUCACUCUGACUUUCAAAGGCCAUGCGGAUGGGAAGAGGAGUCCAGUCUUAAGCACUUCUUCAGUAAUUGGACCACAUUCAGCGCAUCUGAUUCUCCUUUGUAAAUAUUGCGAGUGAACCGCUUCCAACAUUCAUGCACGUGGAAACAUUUCUGUUUACGUUGGGCUGUGGUAUAGUGUAACGCGAGAACAUAUGUUCGCUGUAUUUCCGGCAUUUCUUGAGAGUGAUAUGUUGUAAAAUACGUGUCGAUCAGGAAUCACUGCCACAUUGAGAAGGUGAAUAAGUUGCUCUUCAAUUUGUAUAGUUUUGCAUCUGCUUGUGAUCAUCUCUUAUGUCAACUCCAGUGGCUAAUAAACUGUUGUUGUUUUGUUUUUAGUGAUUGCUGCAUUUAUUGCUUUAAAUAGUCUUGGAGGAGAAAAGAU